AUGGCAAAUUCGCAGUCAACAUACUACGACCGUCGCUAUCGCCAGGGACCGGCUCUCAUUCGCGCCCGUCGACCGUACCUGUUCAAAAAUGCGGUCACUGGCCUGGGUCUCCUCACUCUCGUUGGAGGGAUCUAUUGGUAUACCUUGAAGGCCGUGGGUCAAGACGACUUUGACGAUGUCAAGGUCCCUGAUGCGCCGCAAAAACAUGCUCCUCCAAAGUGA